UUUACAGCACUGCUGUGCUAAUUCUUUAUGGAGCACAAAAGCGAAGAGGACACACAAGCCAACGCCAAAAUAUACCAUUACUAGCGUCUUCUUUGCAUAUAUUUUUGCGAUCUUUAAUAUUUACAAUCUUAAAUGUAGUUUGCUGUGUUUAGCAUUUGUUGGCUAGCUAGCUAACAGCCGGUGACUGAAUGCUCUUUGGGUCCUCGCCUAAAGUCCACUGAACAGAGUAUUGUUGCUCCUUGAAAAUGUCCGUAUUUUCAGCCCUAAAUUUCUUCUGGAACAAUGGCAAACCCCCUAAGAUCUGAAGUGGUUCGGCUUUAUAAAAAUCUGUUGUAUCUUGGACGGGAGUAUCCCAAAGGUGGAGACUACUUCAGAGACCGUCUAAGAGCAGCGUUUGCCAAAAACAAGUCAGUCCAGGACCCAGAGAAGAUUAAGGAGAUGAUCGCAAGAGGAGAGUAUGUGGCCCGUGAGCUGGAGGCACUGUACUAUCUGAGGAAAUACAGAGCCAUGAAGCAAAGAUAUUAUAAGGACAGUUAAUUUGCCUAAACAAAGACUUGUGCAAAUGAGCCACUUACUAACAAAUACUGUGAUAAAUGUUAAAUUAGGAAUGAAUCAACAAUAGUGGGCAGCAAAAAUACACUGAAUUGUUAUUUUGAGUCAAAGCAUAAUUAAGCAUAAUUAAUAAUUGCCCAAAUUAACAAUGUACCAUGCUACAACUAUUACUAUUGAAUGGCAACUUAGCUUUAACCAAACAAAAGCAUCUUCAAUAUUAAAGGUUUACAGGAAAACAUGACAUGAUCCAUUACAAGGACCACUGAGCAAACAGUUUUGCCUUGGAAGAAGAGUGCCUUAACACUGAAGCAAUACCAUUAUAAUACCACUUAAAUUUAGUCACAUGAUUUUACUUGGGGUUAUCUGAGAAUUCUUCCUCAUAAAAGAAAGGUAACAACUAAUACUGUCCAACUUAAUACAGCAAUAACCUCACAUAGCAACUCCUAUUUAACAUUAGACCAUAUUUAUAAAUGCCUCAAAAGGAAUUGUUAGAGAAUAAGA